AUGAAGGGGCACUUUUCAGUGCGCGUUAAAGAAAGAUGCCUUUAUCUCCAACCGGUCAAGGAAAUACUCGCCUUCUUCUACCUUCAGUGGUGGGCAAUUUGUAAAAAUAAGGCGUUCACAUUACUGGCAACCGCCAAUGACGGCCAAAAGGGUAGUCAUCACCGAUGGAGUCUGGGGGAAUUUCCGUACUUGGCACGACUCCGCAUCCUCCUCCUCCUUUUUUCCCGAAAUCGUCAAGUCUCCUCGUGUGUCGGCGACAUGACAGUUGGGUCGGUCGGAGAGAAGUGUGUGUCAGUGAUGUGUUCUUGGCAGUGGAGCGAAGCACGCUCGCGUCCCCUUUCCAUUAAUCGUGUUUUGUCUCACUUUGGCCCAUAA